CGAGGCGAAGUUAGGUUGACGAAUGGCAACCAACAGAGGGCUACGAGUUAAAAAUUGGAUUAUUUGAUCAUCUGAUUGGCUUUAAUGUUACACGAACGGACACGGAUCAAUUUAAGGGCAAACCGCGGAUGAUAUUUUUGAUUUUAGCGGCCGUUACGCAUUUGGAUGGGUUUCAGGAAGACCCCCUCGUCUCGCGCAUAGGUCGCGCGACAGAUUAGCUGCGGCGUGCUGAGAGCCGAGUUCAAGAUAUCACAAGUUGCACGCGCGAGAGGAAGACCCUCGCGAGCGAUUGUUCAUGGAGAUAUUUGGAUUAUUUCAAUGGAUCUGAUAUGACGUAGUUGGCGAUUCGGCGUCAGUGACAUAUGCUUGCCUCAAGUGUUGUUACAUUUGAGAAAAGAGGCCCCUGAAGUACCAGGAUAAAUAAUAUUUUAAUAUUUAUGGGUGGCAGCCACUGCAUAUUUGACAGCGAGGGGGUUCAAGCCGUUUGUCAUACGACCGUUGGAUCUUGCGUGAUUGUGCGUAACGUUAGUUUAGUUUCACAUGACGGACAACCAGGCACUACUAUGGAAAAACUUUGAAAUGCCCAACAUUUUAGCUGUCAGUUUAUGUGGAUUUUUGUAAGUGUUCUGUACUGAUUUAUGGCUUUUGAUAGUGGGAAUUAUUUUUCAACGUUGAACUCCAAGUCACAUGGAUUAGUUGCCGUCCUUGGCGUCUGGUAGGAUGUGAUAAAAAUGUCUGGCGCAUCGUAAAGCACCAAAGAUGAUGGACUUGUGAAGUACUUCUGCUGCUAUUCCAAAUGCUUCUUUUUAAUAACAAGAAACAUUCUGAUAUUUUAUUUAUUGUUGAUUAUCGUUAAUUUAUUCAUAUUAAUUACGGUUGAUGCUUAAAUAUCAAAACUGAGGAUUGCUGUGUCUGGAUCUACUAACGUUAUACCUUAUAGACUCACUUAGAACAUCUUUGAUUCACAAUUGUCUCAAUGCCGGUGGAUGAACCCAGUCUGAAAGGUUCUGCUUUUUAAACUUAGAGGAAACAAAUAAGCCGCACUGAAAGUGAAACUGUCGUGGGAAAACAUCAGGUAAAAAUGUCUACUGAGUGCACCUAUAACGCGCCAUGUAGUACCGAUGACACCUUUCGUACAAAUCAACUCUCGGCGCACGAGCAGCGGGAACGCGCGGGCUUCGCGAACGGUGGCGGCGCACCAGUAAAGUCUUCUGCUUUCUUCGAAGUCAUCGGCGGCUCUUUUUAUCGCAAAAAGUUGGAGAAAGGUAUCUUCCAGUACCGAGAGGUGCUGGCUGAAGACAAGCGACUUCAGUCCAUAGCCAUCUUUCACGAGAAGAGACAGGGAAAGUCGCACCACACCCUGGAGGACACGUAUAGACUGGUGGCCGAGCACUAUUGGUGGGAAGGAAUGUAUUUUCAGGUUAGAGACUUUGUCCUCAAUUGUGAAGAAUGUCAUUCCAAGAAGUCAGAGUGUUCAGAUGUGGGACUCGUCACCAUGAUGGUAGAAUCGCAUAGUCAUGACAUUUUAAGUAAGCUAAAUAGUCAACGGGAAGCAGGGCUCUUUUGUGACAUUACACUGAAAACCGGUGGUGGCCACUACUUUGUCGCUCACAAGGCCGUUCUUGCAGCAGUAAGCGAGUACUUCCAGGAGUUAUUUACUGAAAUGGACUCCGCCACUGACCCCCAGUCUCUAGUUGACUUCACAGGUUACAGCGAGCAAAGCUUGCUAGCUUUACUAGAGUUCUCUUACACUUCUACUCUAAACCUGAAUCUGGACAGUUUAACAGAGGUUUGUGCCAUGGCUCGUCAUCUACGCAUGUGGCCUGCCCUUGAGGCCUGCGCUGCUAUCAAAAAAGAGACUUUUCAGCGACGUUCCAAAAUGCACAAUACUGCUGGUGAUCCAAAUUCAAUUCCUGGACCUUUCAGGAGAGACCUGUCUUCGACUCCACAAAGAAAGGUAGGCCUGAAGAGAAGGAGAGAGGAUGAACAUGAAUGUGUCUCUGGGUCUUCCUGGAACACCCAAGUGCAAUACAGAGAGCUUAUUGUUGAUAAGACGUCAGAUGAAUCUGGAACAGAAAUAUUUAACCCUCAGUUGCAAUGCCAAGCAUCAUCGAGUUUUCAUGUUGAGGAAAAUGGAUUUCCAUGUAGCCCAAAUCGCAGAAUGAAGCUCAUGGACUUCAAAUCUCCAUCCUGCAAGAAAAAUUCGCCCUCUCGCCAUAUACCUUCAGUCAUCUCAUCCUCUCCAUGCACCUCAACUCGUUCUUCUUCUCCGUCACGACGCCUACUUCGUUCCUCACCUGGCGCUGCCCUUGCUUUACGCAGACUCCUGCCUAAAAUUGACCUCACCACCAAGAAAAAAAGAAAGUCCUCUUCCUACAGAACAUACAAGUCUCGAUCUGAAUUCAUAGCGACUCCAUCCCAAUCUCAGGCAAGUCAUGUAACCUCUGUAAUGGUGAAAGAGGAGGAUCUAGAGGAAGACGUAUGCAACACAAUCCCUCAGGAUGAAGUACACAGCCCCCGUGCACAGGAGAAAUAUAAACUGCUCAGUUUCCUAGGCUUGCAGAGGAAGUCUCUAGUGCCUGGUCCUGAGGAACUGUCUGGUUGGGGGCAGAAGAAACGACUUAGGAAGUUAAAAGUCAGCAAUUAUUCCCUCACAGCUAGACGUAAACCUCGUUCAGAGGGUGUCACAUUGGGACUUAAACCCAGUCUAGGGGCACUUGCAGCAGUUAGUCCAUCUUUGUCCCUCUGUGACAUGAGCAGAAUGGACUUGUUGAACAGACCACUGAAAGCAGAACCCCAAGACUCAUUGAGCCAUGAAAGUUCAAGAAAGAAGAGACGCUGUCCUGCAGGGCAAGCUGUUCAACCGAGUACAAGGACUACACGUAGCAGGUCAUUGCUCCAGAUAGAUUCCAGCAGAAUUGAUCGACCGCUCAGACGUCACAAUAGAAAUCAAGACCAAAAAACACAACCGCAGCCUGCAAGAAGAGGUAGGCUUCCAGCGCAUGAUGCUUAUUCCACUUCAAAGAGGAUGCUCAGGAUAAAACAGGAACCUGCUGACAGUGCUAUUCUACAACCUAUUCAGAGGCGAAACACUGCCUACCACCACCAGGCAACUGUAAACCCCCCUAAAGCAACAGUUCCAGCACGUAGGGGUCGGCCACCAGCGGAUCGGACAGUCAGAGCCACAAGAAACUCACAACAAAGAAAGCAGUACAAACUCGGGCGUCCCGCAGCAGAAGAACCUAAAAGUUCAAAAGUAAUUGAAGCCAAAACAAAAUGCAACUACGCUACAGGAAUGGCACAAGCAAAGCACAGCAGAACUAAAAGAGGAACCCAGGUGAAAGAGAACAGAAAAUCUAAAGCACUUGCUAAUAGAAAAGAGAACUCUGAAGUUCAAUAUGGUGUCGUGAACUGGGACAUUUCCAAUACCAACCAUCAUCAUCAUCACAGCCAUCCCCUUUAUAAAACCAUAAAGGAGGAGCCAGCAGAUCCCCUGCCCCUAACCCAACCAUUCCCAACCUCAGAUUCCUCCGAUCUAGGUAAGCGUCAAAGUAAACCGCCUGUCAAACUGCUGGAUCAAGGUUUCCUCUUCGGUUUCUGUCGGCCAGCAAGUGGAAUCAAACAGGAGGAGGAGAGUGUGGACAUCUACCUAACUCGGUCAGUCUCUCAUGCAAGCAGUUCCCAUCGGGAUUUGUCACCCAAUCUGGUGAGAAAAGAGAGGGUGAGGGGCAGGAAUAAGCCAGAUCGAACGGGUCUCAAUGGGCCUCACUGGGCUGGACUUGGUAACAGGUCGACACCGUUUUCUCAAAGGCUUGCUAUUCAAGUAAAAACGGAGAGAGAUGAAACAAGUGUGUCGAAAAAAUUGAGUGUUGUUAGAGUCAGCAAAAGGAGUUGUAAGGUCAAGAAAGAACCUAGAAAGACAAAGAAUGUAAACAAGCUGCUUCCUCUGAGCAGUCGCCGUUCCAUCCUACUGGAAUCCAUCCGACGGGCACGUCUCAAACAGCUACAGGAUCCUAAAGUUCAGGAGUUAAGUGGAGCACAUACUUGUCUGCAGUGCAGAGCCUCUUACAGGGACUGUGAUGCCCUCAUUAUGCAUCGUAUCAGGCACAUUGAAGGCAAACACUGGCCUUGUCCGUUGUGCAGCAAGACUUUCUUCAGACAGAGAAAUGUAAAGAAUCAUAUAAGGACACAUAAUCCCAAACUCUACAAAUGCCGCCAGUGUAUUGCUGCUCACUGAGGUUAGAAGCCACAGGGUGAAAUGAAGAGACGCUUUGUUUCUUUAAUUGUUAAAGCUGUAAAUACCAAGAAUCUGUGAUGUAUGACAUUAAGGGUCAGUUUAUUAAUGUAAAUAAUAUUUUGUUUUAAUUUGUCUUUUUCCUCACAAAAAUAAUUGUUGUUAUUUAAGUAACUAAGCUGAAGUUGCUUUGCAAUUGAUAUUGAUGUGUUGAACCAGAACUUGAACCCAUGGUGUUUUUCUCAGGGGGGUGGAAGCUUGUUGGUCAAGGUGAUAUAUGUAUAAUGAGAAUUGUGUAGAAUGCUUUAAAUUUGUAACUACUAAUGUAAUUACAACAAUUGUUAUUAGAAUUGUUACGAAUAUUUUUCCUAAAUUACAUAAUCUUGAGUGCACUUAAUGUUAGCUUUGUUUUGAAACCUAAGAAAGAUGCGAUGUACUGGGAUGUACUUGAAUGGAAUGGAGUUGGUGAACUGCCCUCAACGUGUGGCUGUCUCGCAAUGUUUUAGAAAAAACAGUUAUAGAAAUUAUGUCACAGAGGAAUUUUAAAUGAAGGUUAGGUAAAUGGGUUAGUUAUUCUAGGGAUUAUCAAAUGGUUAACCUUCAUUGGUGCAAUGCCGUUGGAGAUAUGCCAUUUUAUGAAAACAUCUCUGUUUGACUUCAGCUUUUCAAAAUGAAACGGUGACUGUCUUUCAGAUAAGGGAAUCCCAAAAUGUUUAAUGUGAUUUUCUUUUCUCCUUCUUUGAAUAAUUCCUUGUCAAAUUUUUAUGCAUACCUUUCUUUAAUAUAAAAUGCAAUGAAAUAAUAUGAAGUUUUAAAUGUUGAAGUGUGUUUUGUCUGAAAAAGACAGUUUAAAAUGUAGAACGACCAAAUAGCCAUAUAAAUAAAUUUUGCAUUUUAAAAUUUA